AUGUGGGAAUUCAUAUUGAUGCAAGAGCCGAAACGAGUGAAACGAGGAGCUCCUCAUCAAAACGGAACACUUCAUGCAGCACAUUCUGGAGGGAGAACUAGCUCUCAGGUCCUUCCAAUUCCACCUCGAUGGAGUCCAAAUCCGCCUCCACCCAACUCACCAAUCCGUCAUCAAACCCUUAUUCAGCCUGUUGACUCCAAUGCUCCUGUCCCUCUUCCACCUCCACAACGACACAUUGUGGAACGUCAAGUCGUCCCAUUUGGUCGUCCCCCACCUAUUUAUAAUUUGAAUCCUUAUUCCGCACAACUGAAUCCCGUUCAAAACUACAUUCGUCCUAAUCUACCAUCCCCAGUUCAAUACAGGAACGGAGCACCAAAUCAGAGUCAGCCUCAAGGUUAUCAACCACAGAAUGCUCAACAACAUCAACCCGCUCCUCCUCAUCCAUAUCCACAACAGAGACCUAUUUCCAACUACAAUCAACCUCAACGUUCACCGUAUCCACGUCCACAACCAUAUCAACAACAAGUGAGCCCUCCAAAACAAGCACUCGAGAAUAAUAAUUAUUCGUCGGAUAGAAAUGGUGGAAAUUAUCAAAAUCCAACGAACAGUGGAAGCAGUCGAGGUAACAAGAAAAAGGAUAAGAAAAAGAAGGGAAGAAAGAAUAAAAGCUCGAAGAUGUGCAAAUUAUGCAGAGAAAUGUCAGAGGAAGAGGAUAGUGAGGAGAAGGAAGUGGCUUGUGAUAUGUGCAAAAAAUCGUCGAGGAAUGGAAAGAAGAAAGGGAAGUCUCAAACCGGACGGAUAAAUGGAAAAGUUGGAGGAAAUAGAAAAAAUAAAAUUGACAGUGAUGAGCACCCGGAAGGGGAAGGAGCACAAGUUGAAGAUAUCACAGGAGAUGGAGAUGAUGAUUAUUACAGUGAUGGUGAAACCACUGAUCAGACACCUACCACAGCAUCCCAACCGACAAUUAUUGACUUUGCAAAGAGAGCGGAGCAAAAUAAAUUAAUGAGAAUUCCAGUUUAUCGUGGAAAGAAAUUGGAAAAUAAAACGGAUUCUUAUAACACGGGAUCAGGAGAAUACGCAGAAGGAGAUGGAAGUGAGGAGGAGGAAAAAUCAGAGUUUUCAACUAAUAUCCGAGAAGCUGAAAAACCAACCAAGUACUCCGAUAAACCAAACGUGAAGUACUCCUACCCACCGAAAGACACCCUCCCACUCCAAACUUGUUUCCAUAAUCCAUCUGGAUACGUUUGUUGUAAUCUGGAAUUGAAUAAUGUAGUCGAGUCGACAUACAAAGAAAUCCGAGAGUUACCAGAUUUCAAUCCGUGUAAUCUUCAAGUCAUCGCCAAUAAAGUUCAGAGAGCCAGUGAGAAAAUGUUUCAACAUCCGUUCGAAACUCUCGUAGCUCAUGCUGACUUUGCUCAAAACAUUAAUUUUGCUGGAGAUUUGGUAUGCAAAUUGGAGAUUGAUGGAAAAUAUAUGAUUUCAUACGGCACACCUUAUCAUGCUGACGAAGCACUUGGACCACAAGGACCGAAUGGAGAACCUUUACCAGUUAGAACACUCAAAUUAUGA